AUGAACAACAGUACAGGUCGAGAUGGAGUUCAGGAAGCAACCACAGCAAUUUUUGGGCUGCCACCACCAAAAAUUAAGGAGUACAUUACCAGACUCAUGCGUGAACAACAACCAAGAGACACAAUCAAUAAGAUGAAUACUAUUUUGGACAAUUUGCCUAACUUAGUUCAGUCUUAG